CAGGGCGCCCGGCAGCGUGAGCCACACUGGGUAGCGCGCACUACUGGCCGCCUGGAGAUGUGAGCGACCACGGUGAAAGUGCUCCGAUAAAAAAAAAAGUCCUAUGUUGGAUUGUACAGCCUACAUUAAAAAAAAAAAAAAAAAAAAAAGUGCUUUUCGGCUACAUUUGGGAGCAGCGGUGGCGAGUUCAGCGAGGAAGAUGCAGUUGUCGGUGCGCCUCGCAGUCAGGCACCGAGGCUGGUGAUGCCCGCCGCCGUGCGGGCAUCGCCGGCAGCCGGCAGCCGCCAGUAGCAGAAGGGCAGCAAACCAGGGCGGCCGAGGAUGAGGAUGAGUUUAAGAUCGAGAGCAUGGCAAGCGGUACUAUCAUGUUAAAAUGUGUCGUGGUCGGAGACGGUGCAGUGGGCAAAACGUGUCUUCUCAUGAGCUAUGCCAAUGACGCCUUUCCGGAGGAGUACGUCCCAACAGUCUUUGAUCAUUAUGCAGUGAGCGUCAAUGUCGGAGGAAAGCAGUACUUGUUGGGACUGUACGACACUGCCGGCCAGGAGGAUUAUGACCGACUCAGGCCAUUGUCCUACCCGAUGACCGAUGUUUUCCUCAUCUGCUUCUCGGUGGUUAACCCUGCCAGUUUCCAGAAUGUGCGCGAAGAAUGGGUGCCUGAAUUGCAGGAGUAUGCACCUAAUGUCCCCUACCUACUCAUUGGCACCCAGAUUGAUCUACGUGAUGACCCAAAGACCAUUGCCAAACUGAAUGAUAUGAAGGAGAAACCUAUAGUGACUGAACAAGGCCUGAAACUGGCAAAGGAGAUUGGUGCAUGUUGCUAUGUGGAGUGUUCAGCACUAACCCAGAAAGGCCUGAAGACCGUGUUUGAUGAGGCCAUCAUUGCCAUUUUGGCUCCCAAGAGAAAAAAGGGAGCUCUAAAGAGAAGACUGGGACCCCGUUGCAUUAACUGCUGUCUGAUCACAUGAUACGUACACGUCCUCAUUCAGCAGCAAACUAUACAUGUCCUGGAAUUACACAAAGACUCAGGCAGAUAGUUGAGCAAAGGCAAAGAAGAGCGCUGACAACGACUGAGUGACAUUUAAGCUGCAAUGCACUCGAAAGAGCAUUACUGUCUUCUGCAGAGGCAGUCAAUCACAAGGAGCAAAAACACCAAGAGGCUCUUCUAAUUCAGGUGUUUUACAUCAAAAAUCCAUAAAUCAAAUUUUUAAAAGAAGCAGUUUCAUUACAAAAGGGAGUUUGAUUUGUAAAAUGCUUAAAGAAUAUGACUAUCAUGAUUUUUGGUGCCAUAGCGAGAAAAGUCUCUAAAAGUAAAAAAGCACCAUAUGGCCAUUUUUUGAUAUAAAGGCGAGGUAGAUUUUUUUUUGUUUUUUUCUGCCACCAGGUUUGUCUCCCAUUAUUCUUUAUUUGACAACCUGUAGAAUAAACAAUGUUGUGUAUCGAGGAUUACUAAAUCAAAAAUGGAAAUGUAUAAACAAAUUAUUUUGGACCUAGAGCUAUUUUUUCAUAUUUCUUUGUCAUGCAAUUGUAUGUUGUACCUUUAUCACUUUUAAAGUGUCAGAGUAUAGACAGUUGAUCUUUUAGAAGUGAUUUAUUUAAGUAUAACUCUCAAAGAAACACAUGCACAUACACUGUCCUUAAAAGCAGGAGGCAAAAAUGACCUUACACUUUAUAUUAAAGGCUCAACAGAUGAAGCACAUUCCUCUGCUUUUAAGCAUUGCCCAUCUUUCAGCUCGGGGAUGCACUGAGGAUAUUCAAACUUGCAGGCAUAAGCUUGAGCACAGUUUAUCAUCAUACAAACUUGUAAUCGUAAAUCUAAUUAUAGAUUUCCAUUUCUAUGCAUGAGAUAGAAAUUCUCUCUUUGCGAGAUUGUAGCUUUUCAGACCACAGGGCCAAUUGUUGAGCUAGUAGUAAAAAAAUAAAUAAAUAAAAUUGUCGGAAAAACAAUUUAGAUUUACAAUAUGUAUAAUUAGGUUAGCUGGCACGGUGCAUGACUGGUUAGCACAUUUGCCUCACAGUUCUGAGGACCUGGGUUCAAAUCCGGCCUCGCCUGUGUGGUGUUUGCAUGUUCUCCCCGUGCCUGCGUGGGUUUUUUCCGGGCACUCCAGCUGCCUCCCACAUCCCAAAAACAUGCAUGCUAGGUUUAUUGAAGACUCUAAAUUGCCCGGAAGUGUGAAUGUGAGUGUGAAUAUUGUUUGUUUAUACUAUAUGUGCCCUGUGAUUGGCUGGUGACCAGUUCAGGGUAUACCCCGCCUCUCGUGCAGUCAGUUGCGAUAAGCUCCAGCACGCCUUCAACCCUAAGUGAGCAUACAUGUAAGCGGUUCAGAAAAUGCAUAGAUGGAGGGAUAAUUAGAUUAGUUAAAUCUACACCUGCUAGUACCUGCUAAAUUCGACUGUAAUCUUCAAUGAUAGUCAAGUCAUUAAGGCAUACAAAGCGGAAACAUUUUAGUAUCCUUCCUCACUUGUUACUGUAUGUAAUUUACAUUACAAUAUUUAAUGUGGCCAUUACCCAGUGCCAAUAAAUGUAGUACAUUGUUAGAUGAUUUUCAACCAUAUUUUAUACUAAGAGUCAGUAGGGUACAGAAUUUCAGGAAGUUUGGGUGUCUGAUCAAAGAAAGAGGGAAGAUGCUAAAUGAAAGAAUGAGAUCACUGCAGCCACAAUGUGUCUUGUCUGUUAAAAGGUGGCUGGUCUGCUGCAGUAUGAACCCACAAAGGCUUAAAGAAAUGAACGAAUAUGAACUAGAGUAAGUUUUUAUAUAAUAAGACACACUGACCGGACUUACGGAGUCACCCUUUACUACAGCAAAGAUAGGAACAAUGAUUUAAGAGGAUUUAGAAAGUAAUUACCGGUCGUUAAACAAUGAACAAUUUUGAAUUUGUUUACUAAGAAAAGAAAACAUAAUAUCAGAAAAGAAAACAUAAGUUCAGCGUCGCGGGGUGCUGGAGCCUAUCCCAGCUGACUUCGGGCGAAAGGCAGUGAACUGGUUACCAGUCAGCCGCAGGGCACAUAUAGACACGGACAACCACUCGCACUCACAUUCACACCGUCUCUGAGUGGGAACUGAACCCACUCUGCCUGCACCGAAGUCAGGCAAAUGCACCACUACACCAUCAGUGACUGAAACAAUAUUUGUGACUCACAAUUUUAUUUGAUAGAAAAUGUGUCUUUCCCAUUGCAUUUGGACUGUUGACCAUGUAGCCGUAUCUUAAAUUGCCAGGUACAGUCUGUUCCCUUGUUAGUUCAAGACAGAUAAAAGACAAAGGGAUUAAAAACAACGUAAAUGUUUUUAAUGAACCGGUGUCAAUUGAAUCCAACAUUUAUACAGUCCGUUAAUUUAUAUUUGUCGUAAAUUUCAUCAUGUAAUAUCAUACAUUUAGAUCAGUGGUUCUUAACCCGGGUUCGAGCGAACCCCAGGGGUUCGGUGAGGCAGUCGCUGGGGUUCGACGGAGGACUCUACACACACUGCGUGUGUGUCCGUGCUUUAUCCGUAAAAGCCUUUUUACACUGCAUUUUGAAUGCGUUGUUCAUGCCGUUCAAAACGCAAGGGAGCGUCAUUGCGGCCUUGCGCCUUGAGUUGAAAUGCUUUGUUCUUUUUUAAACUAUCUUGAUUUAACAACAUUUCAACGAUACAUUUGACUUGAGUAGCAUUGCUGUGCCAUCAGACAGCGCAUCCAAUUAUUAAAAAAAACAGCCCAAAAAAUUUACUCUUACCAAUGAACCCUUUUCGAGGAUUGUAGAAAUAACAAAGAAAAGGAACAGACUUUGUGAAUUUUAACAACGAAGUCAGUUCCUCUGAUAUGACAGUGGCAUUUACCAAAGGGAAUGGCAACAGCAAAAUUUAUAUUCACUUAUAGUACAUUUUCAUUGAAUUAAAUUUUGUGUUUGUUUUUUGUGUGAAAUUCAUGUUUUGUUAGUUUUGUUCUUUUAACACAAUGAUUUUGUGUGCAACUGAUGCGUUGUUCAUUUUGUGCAUGACCUGGAUGACUGAGAAUCUACACAGACAAUAAAAUAUACACCUGUUUUGAAUUUGAAAUAAACCAUGUUUUAUUUUUCAAAUUAGAAAGGGUUCCGUGCACUCCGUAUGAAACUUGCAGGGUUCCGUCCCUCCAACAAGGUUAAGAACCACUGAUUUAGAUACCAUGUCAGGUUUACAAACCCACUGGGCACUGCACUUGUGUCUUAAAUUUUACUUUUCUUGCAAGCCAAAUGUCUCCAAAAAUGACCUAGAUAUGUUUUAUUCAUUUGUUGUUGGCUUUUUGCAUGUUUUUAAACGUGCCAAAUGUUGCUAAAGAACUGUAUAUGUUCCGUGCAGUCUGAUACAAUAAGUUUGUGAUGCUUUAAUGUAAAUGGUGCUCCUUUUCUCUACCCCAACUUGCACGACUGUAUUGUCGCUUUGAGUCACAGGGUGUGCUGUAUCGCAAGUCGGCUUUUGCUCGCUUAUUCCAGGUGAGAGACCAUCCUUGGAACGCUGGCUCUAAAGAACUGCAACCACUAGUGCAUUGAUGCUCCUGUCUACUACUCAAUAAAAGUGUUUUAUUGUGUUAAAA